AGGCGGGGGACCACCCGAUGGAUUGUGGGUAAUUGUGGCUGAAAAUGUGCAGACAGCUGCGAUGAGAAGAGGGUGGAGGGGCACUCUCAAAGCACGCUGGGUAAAGGAGAGAUUUGCUGGAGUUGCAGCCCCUAUCAAGUGCAGAGUUCAAGACUGGGCACGCUUCUAGAACAGAGGCUUGAGUACUGCAGUGCCCUGGACCAUCCCCUGCUAUCUACAGCUUUGUCAGAUGUGGGGGAGCCCAGAGAGAGAGACGGCCAGGAAGUAGGAGAGCUGGAGGAGUGGGGCUUUCUGGAAGCUGAGGGAAGCGGUUUCAUCAGUGGCAUGUAGUGCUGAAACACAAUGGCACAACUGGAUUCUGAAGUGAAAGAAGAAUGUUUGAGAGAAGACUUGAAGUUUUACUUCAUGAACCCCUGUGAGAAGUACCGGGCCAGACACCAGAUUCCAUGGAAACUGGGUUUGCAGAUUUUGAAGAUACUCAUGGUCACCACACAGCUGGUUCGUUUUGGUUUGGGUAACCAGUUGGUGGUUGCUUUCAAAGAAGAUAACACUGUUGCUUUUAAGCACUUGUUUUUGAAGAACUAUUCUGGCACAGAUGAAGAUGACUAUAGCUGCAGUAUUUAUACGCAAGGGGAUGCCUAUGAGAGCAUCUUCUUUGCUAUUAAUCAGUACCAUCUAUUGAAGAACAUCUCCCUGGCGACUCUUGAUUAUGGAGAAAAUGAAGACAACAGAAUUGGCUUAAAAGUCUGCAAGCAGCAAUACAAGAGAGGGAACAUGCUGUCUGCUAAUGAGACCCUGAAUAUUGACAGCGACAUCGAGAUAGAAUGUGUUCACUUAGAUCUCCGGACCCUCUCCGAGAGCUCUCAGGCCUGGAAGCUGUCUGCUUUCUUCAGAAUGGAGUUUUACCGACUCUUGAAAGUUGAAAUCUCCUUUCACCUCAAAGGCAUCGAUCUUCAGACGAUCCAUUCCCGAGAGUUACCAGAUUGUUACGUCUUCCAGAACACGAUCACAUUUGACAAUACAGCUCACAGUGGCAAAAUAAAAGUCUAUUUUGACAGUGAAGCCAACAUCGAAGAAUGUAAAGCCUUGAACAUAUCUGGAUCCACUCAGAAAAACACUCAGUAUGUGCUGGUGUUCGAUGCAUUUGUCAUUGUGAUUUGCUUGGCAUCUCUUGUUCUGUGCACAAGAUCCAUUGUCCUUGCUCUCAGGUUACGAAAGAGGUUUCUGGAUUUCUUCCUGGAGAAGUACAGGAGACACGUGUGUGAUGCUGACCGGUGGGAGUUUGUCAACGGGUGGUAUGUCCUGGUGAUCAUCAGUGACCUGAUGACCAUAGUCGGAUCCAUAUUGAAAAUGGAAAUCAAAGCAAAGAAUCUCACAAAUUAUGAUCUUUGCAGCAUUUUGCUUGGGACAUCUACGCUCUUCGUUUGGGUUGGAGUCAUCAGAUACCUGGGUUAUUUCCAAGCAUACAAUAUGCUCAUAUUAACAAUGCAAGCCUCACUGCCAAAAGUUCUCCGGUUCUGUGCCUGUGCUGGCAUGAUUUAUCUGGGCUACACAUUCUGCGGCUGGAUUGUUUUAGGACCCUAUCAUGAGAAGUUUGAAAAUCUGAACAUAGUCGCUGAAUGCCUGUUUUCCCUGGUCAACGGUGAUGACAUGUUUGCCACCUUUGCUCAAAUCCAGCAGAAGAGCAUCUUGGUGUGGCUGUUCAGCCGUCUGUACCUGUAUUCCUUCAUCAGCCUUUUCAUAUAUAUGAUUCUCAGCCUUUUUAUUGCACUUAUUACAGAUUCUUAUGACACCAUUAAGAAAUAUCAGCAGAAUGGCUUUCCUGAGACAGAUCUGCAGGAAUUCCUGAAGGAAUGCAGCAGCAAAGAAGAGUACCAGAAAGAACCCUCCGCCUUCCUGUCCUGCACCUGCUGCCUGAGGAGGAGAGGAAGUGAUGACCAGUUGAUUCUUAUUAACUGAAGUUCUGGGAAGACAAAUUUCAGGCCUCCCUAUCCAGCUGCAGUGCCGUGGGACCUCAAAUACCCUGGACCAGCACUUCUAAAAGGAUUGUCUUAUUAAUUGUGGACCAAGAAAGAGGAAGAAACGUCAGCUGGCUGACCAUGACUGAAGUUUUAAAGUUCCUUCUUAUAUAAAUUUGGAGAAAAAAGAAUAGAAGACCACAGGCUACUGCUGGGAAUUAGUGCAAUUGAGCAGUGAUAAUGAAAUUCUUUGUUAGUCUGCCAGUUUGUGACAUGAUAAUAGUCAUACAUGGGAAAGUCGCAUUUCAGAGUGUGCAAAACGCAGAUGUUUAAAGUUUUAUAUUUAAAGAUAUGUGUUUAUUGUCAGGCAAGGAUUUGUUUUAAAAGUGAUUCUUGGGUUGAAAGACUUUCUUGUUAUUUUUUGAUUUGCACAGAUGUGUAGUUGGUUGCAAAAGCCAUUUAAAGAUCACAUUUAAAUCAACAACACUUUUUGCAGUGGACAUUUUCCCCACCUAUUUUCCUGUGAAUUUUCUUCCUCAGCAGUGUGCGGGCACAGUCGGUGGGCUGACUUAGAAACACACCAUGUAUCAGGUGCGCUGACUUUUGAUUGGACACAAGUGACAUGUGGCAGUAAACUGCAGUACUUGUCAUCCGUUGUAACAACUGAUAUCCACUGUGCUGGGCACAAAAGUUUGUCAAGCAAGGAAAUAUGGUAUAUUUUUCCUUAAAUAAAUUUAUUUUUAUUUUA